AUGUCAGACACAAAUAUGGAGGAUGUGAAGGUGCGGGAGAACACUGAAAAUACACUUGAAGGCCAAGCUGAUGUAGAGUUAUCCGUGGAGGACCCCCAACAUGUGGACAAGAACGAGGAAAAUCCGAUGCCCUCACCCCAGCAAGAGGAAGAAACAAUCAAGAAAAAGUAUGGAGGAAUGAUACCCAAAAAGCCUCCACUUAUAUCCAAGGACCAUGAACGUGCUUUCUUUGAUUCGGCUGAUUGGGCAUUGGGAAAGCAAGGAGCUCAGAAGCCCAAAGGACCUCUCGAGGCUCUCCGACCAAAAUUACAGCCCACACCGCAACAGCAAGUACGAUCUAGACGAUCUGUGUAUGCUCCAUCAGAGGAUGGUGAAGAUGGAGGCAUCAACAAUCCUAAUGCUGAGGAUCAGGAUGGACAUGAAUAAUUGCUGAGGAGACGAAAGGUGAUAACGAGUAUCCUCCGCAACAAAGAAUAAGUGUUACAAAGUGGCUUGUGCAUUUGUUGUUGUAAGAAGGAACAGACCUGGACUCUCUACUGCUGAUAAUUGUGCAUUCUACUAGUGUCAAUUGCCGGUGCAGUGUGCAAAGUUUUCUAAGCUCAGAAAUAGUUUUUGGAUAUUUCUUUAACGGAUCUGUCUUGUUAUCCAACCAUUCUAUCAAUGACAGAUGCACUUAACAUUAUUACCAUCUUAGAUUUGUUAAUUUAGUCUAGCUCAAGAGGUUAAAAGGUAUUACAACACCAGAUAACUAGUUUAAAAGGUAUAACACAAGAAGACUUACAGUGAUUUGAACAUCUUGUUAUCACCAUUUAAGAUGGAGAAAUAGUCUCUUUUCUGGUGACUGCUAUUCUGGUU